AUGUCUUCAGAGCCCAUUUUCAGGGUCGCACUGCGUGGCCAGACCAUCAUCACCAUCCCGCGAUGGAACAAGGGCACAGCGUUCACCAUGGAGGAGCGGAAAGCGUUUGGGCUCACAGGCCGCUUGCCCUACCGCGUCAACACGCUCGACGAGCAAUGUGAUAGGGCAUAUGAUCAGCUUGAGGCUCGUCCGGAGCCGCUCAGGAAGAAUACGUUCCUACAGAGUCUUAAGGAUCAGAACUGGGUGCUGUACUAUGCGUUAAUCUCUAGGCAUCUCGAGGAGUUGACGCCAAUCAUAUACACGCCGACGGAGGCUGAGGCUAUCUCGAACUACUCUCACCUGUUCCGGAGAAGCGAAGGGCUGUACCUUACGUUUCCUCAGCAAGAUGUUAUGGAGCAAGAUUUCCUUGAGCAAACAAGAGGACGAGAUAUCGAUCUCAUCGUCUGUUCGGACGCAGAGCAGAUCCUGGGUAUUGGGGAUCAGGGCGUCGGGAUCGCCACGGCAAAGGCUGCCAUCUACACCUUACUCGCUGGAGUGAAUCCUUCCAAGACUCUGAGCGUAACGCUUGACGUUGGUACAGAUAACGAGGAGUUACUGAAUGAUCAGCUGUAUGUGGGAUGGCCUCAUAAACGCGUUCGAGGCGAGGAGUAUGACCAAUUCAUCGAUAAGUUCGUGCAGCUGGUGCGAAAGCACCAUCCGCACUGCCUACUUCAUUUCGAAGAUUUCGGCGUGAACAAUGCGAAACGUCUCCUCGAUAUCUACCGAGAUAAGCACGCAGUUUUCAACGAUGACGUGCAGGGGACAGGCGCAGUAACACUAGCGACCGUCAUGGCGGCUGCUGGCGUGACGGAAUCCACGCUCGCAGACCAGCGAAUUGUGAUCUAUGGCGCAGGAACUGCAGGUCUUGGCAUCGCGCGUCAGUUGCGCGAUGGCAUGGUCACGCUCGACAACAUCUCGAUCUCCGACGCGAACAAGCGGUUCUAUAUGCUCGAUCGCUUCGGGCUGAUCAAGGAAUCUCUCGGGCCAGGCAAGAUCCGCCAAGGUCUGCAGGAGUUCGUACGACCUGAUGAUGAGUGGGAGGGUGCGGAGACGAACGAUAAAGGGGAGAUCGGUUUGUUGGAGGUGGUCCGGAGAGUGAAGCCCACGGUGCUGAUCGGGUGCUCGACGCAGGCGGGGGCGUUCACGGAGGAAGUGGUGAAGGAGAUGGAGAAAGGCACGGAGCGGCCGAUCAUUCUUCCGCUGUCGAAUCCGAGCAAGCUGCAUGAAUGCACGCCGCAGAACGCAAACGAUUGGACGAAUGGGAAGGCGCUACUUGCGACGGGCAGUCCGUUCCCGCCGUGCAAGAUGCCCAAUGGAAAGGAAUAUAUAGUUGCGGAAUGCAACAAUGCCUUAAUCUACCCAGGCCUCGGAUUCGGCGCUAUCGCAUCCAAGUCUCGCAGUUUGACCGACACCAUGAUCAUCGCCGGGACGCGUCGCCUCGCUGAACUUGCACCCGCCCUGAAGGACCCCGACGACGCGCUCCUCCCUGACUUUGGUAACUCGCCGGCUGUGAAUCUCGAGGUGGCCGUUGCAGUGGCACAGCAAGCUAUAGAAGAAGGCACAGCCGGUGUGGACUGGAAGAAGGAGGAGGUCAGGGAGAAGGUAAAAGAGAUGCAGUGGAAGCCGAUCUAUGGACAGUACGUGUAUGAUGAAGACGGCGAGCGUUAA